AUGUACACGACACGCAUCCUCCCCGUGCCGGACCCAGACUCGUUGGGCCGGUUUCGGCCUCUUCCCACAUCCGCCACACCCGCCUCGUCACUGCAGCCUCCAGCGUCCUCCCUCGACCAUUGGGAAGCAGCUGAAUCUGCCCCUGGAUUGGACGCUCUUGUCACAGCGGCAGACCAUAUUCGCAACACCGACAUUCCCGUCGGCUUUCCGACAGAGACGGUGUACGGGCUGGGUGCCGACGCUACGCGCAGUGGCGCCGUCCGUGGCAUCUACUCGGUCAAGGGCCGGCCCUCGGACAAUCCGCUGAUUGUGCACGUGUGCGACUUGGACAUGCUGCGCGGUCUUUUGGGUCGGGAUGCGAGUGGCAAUGACAGGGACCUGCCCGCCGUGUACCGCCCCUUGGUCCAGCGUUACUGGCCGGGCCCGUUGACGAUCCUGCUGCCGGUCCCGUCGGCGGCGGAUGCGCCCAAGUGGACGCUGGCACCCGAGGUUACGACAGGCCUGCCGACGUUUGGUGCCCGGCUGCCCGCCUCGCCGCUGACGCGCACGCUCAUACGGCUGGUUGACGCACCUCUCGCAGGGCCCUCGGCCAACGCCUCGACAAGGCCGUCCCCCACGACGGCACAGCACGUAGUCGAUGACCUCAGCGGGCGCAUCGAGGUGGUCUUGGACGGCGGGGCGUGCGGCGUCGGUGUCGAGAGCACGGUCGUCGACGGACUCUGCGACCCGCCCGUGAUCCUGCGCCCGGGCGGCCUGAGCUUGGCCGAGCUGCGGUCGGUUCCCGGAUGGGAGCGAGUUGAGCGGGCGUAUCAUGACGUGGCCGAGGGCGGGAACCAUGUGGCGAGCACCGGCGCGAAGCAGCAGCAACACAGCAGACAAGAGGACGCGGCGCUGAAGCCGCGUGCACCGGGCAUGAAGUACAAGCAUUAUAGCCCCAAGGCGCGUGUUGUAUUGUACGAGGGCUGGCGGACGACCGGACGACCGGCUCGCUCGCAGGCCGACCUCAUGGCGGACAUCCAGAGCGCGGGGCAGCAGGCAGGCGUGGUGGGCGUCAUCCGCACGAGCACGUGGCCUGCGUUGGAAGGCCUCCAGAAGCGCGCGGUGAACGGCAGUGGCAGUAAGUCCCAUGGGACAAGCAGUGCCAGCAGCACCAGCAACAGCGCAGUGACCUACGACCUGGAGGAGUAUACCCUGCCCACCGGGACUGCUGUUCUCGAGCUCGACCUUGGUCGCGACCUGUCGAGUAUCGCGCACGGCCUUUUCUCGGCACUGCGUGACCUGGAUGCACGGGGGGCCGACAUCAUCCUCGUCGAGGGCAUCGACGACCGCGGAGACGACAUGGCUGUGGCGGUCAUGAACCGGCUGCGCAAGGCGGCAUCGGAAGUGCGAUAG